AUGGACGACAUCACCUUCCGACUCCCACCACGCCUCGUCGCCGCCCUCGGCAACAUCAACACCUCCAACAUCCCGGGCAACGAUCUCGACCUCUUCUUCCACUGCUGGAUCCAGCCACAUUGCCCGUCAUGCUUGUCUGCAUCAAACCCCUACCCUUGCUCGUGGUGCGCCACGUCCCAGACCUGUGUCCCCAACACCAUCUACUCGUACCCGUUCGGCAUCCUCUCGCCCCUCAAGUCCGCCGAGAUCUGCCCCUUGGCGUGGCGGGAGCGGUGGGAGAUGCGCGCCCGGCCGUUCGGCUGUCGGUGCUCGAGCAUGACGUUUGUGAGCGUGGUGGUCGCGGUGCUGGCGACGUUGAUGGGGUUGUGCUUGAUCUGGACCGGCUUGAGGGUCGGGAGAUGGGCCCGGAGGAAGUGGAGGGCGAGAAAGCAGGGCUGGUGGAGGUGGAGGAGAGGGCAGAGAAAGGAUACUUCGACGACUCCUACGGAUGCUGCGGAUAUACAGGCACAGCGAGGGAGGGAUACUGGUGACGGUGAUGGAGGGGCAGCCGCUGACGAAACAACACCGUUGCUUGCAUGA